CUGCUGCUGUUGGGAGUGCUCGCAUCCUUCCUUUGGGCUUCGCAACUGUCCUGGGCGAAAAUGGCUGUCUAGACUAAAAUGCGCCAGAAGGGACCAAGCAGUGGAUAUCGAGCCCGUUAAGCCCAACUCUUCAGCUCCGAGACCUGGAGGAGGAAGAGCCCGGCUCUGAAAAGUGCAUCAUGAAUUCUGGAGUUGCCAUGAAAUAUGGAAGCGACUCCUCGGCCGAGCUGAGUGAGCUCCAUUCGGCAGCCCUGGCAUCACUGAAGGGAGACAUAGCAGAGCUCAACAAACGUCUGCAGCAAACAGAGCGGGAACGGGACCUUCUGGAAAAGAAAUUGGCCAAGGCACAUUGUGAGCAGUCCCACCUCAUGAGAGAGCAUGAGGAUGUGCAGGAGCGGACGACGCUUCGGUACGAGGAGCGCAUCACAGAGCUGCACAGCAUCAUCGCCGAGCUCAACAAGAAGAUAGACCGCCUGCAGGGCACCACCAUCAGGGAGGAAGAUGAGUACUCGGAGCUACGAUCAGAACUCAGCCAGAGUCAGCACGAGGCCAACGAGGACUCUCGAAGCAUGGACCAAGACCAGACCUCCGUCUCCAAUCCCGAAAACCAGUCCACCAUGGUCACCGCCGACGUGGACAACUGCAGUGACCUGGACUCAGAGCUGCAGAGGGUGCUGACGGGGCUGGAGAACGUCCUCUGUGACAGGAAGAAGAGCAGCUGCAGCCUCUCCGUGGCCGAGGUGGACCGGCACAUCGAGCAGCUCACCACGGCCAGCGAGCACUGCGACUUGGCCAUUAAGACGGUCGAGGAGAUUGAGGGGGUGCUUGGCCGAGACCUGUAUCCCAACCUGGCUGAAGAGCGGUCUCGGUGGGAGAAGGAGCUGGCCGGGCUGAGGGAAGAGAAUGAGAGCCUGACUGCCAUGCUGUGCAGCAAAGAGGAGGAGCUGAACCGUACCAAGGCCACCAUGAACGCCAUCCGGGAGGAGCGGGACCGGCUGCGGAGGAGGGUAAGCGCACUGCGUGCAACGUGGCCAGAUAAAAUUGAAGUAGAAGAGGAAAAAAUACAUCUGGUGUCUAGCAGUGUGGCAGAACACCUGGCCCACUCGCUUCAGGACUGCUCCAACAUCCAAGAGAUUUUCCAAACCCUCUACUCACACGGAUCUGCCAUCUCUGAAAGCAAGAUUAGAGAGUUUGAGGUGGAAACAGAGCGGUUGAAUAGCCGGAUUGAACACCUCAAAUCCCAAAAUGACCUCCUGACCAUAACCCUGGAGGAAUGUAAAAGCAACGCCGAGAGGAUGAGCAUGCUGGUGGGGAAAUACGAGUCCAAUGCCACGGCGCUGAGGCUGGCCUUGCAGUACAGCGAGCAGUGCAUAGAGGCCUACGAACUCCUGCUGGCGCUGGCCGAGAGCGAGCAGAGCCUCAUCCUGGGGCAGUUCCGAGCGGCUGGCGUGGGGUCCUCCCCUGGAGACCAGUCAGGGGAUGAAAACAUCACUCAGAUGCUCAAGCGAGCUCACGACUGCCGGAAGACAGCCGAGAACGCCGCCAAGGCCCUGCUCAUGAAGCUGGACGGCAGCUGCGGGGGCGCCUUCGCCGUGGCCGGCUGCAGCGUGCAGCCCUGGGAGAGCCUGUCCUCCAACAGCCACACCAGCACAACCAGCUCCACAGCCAGUAGCUGCGACACGGAGUUCACUAAGGAGGAUGAACAGCGGCUGAAGGAUUACAUCCAGCAGCUCAAGAACGACAGGGCCGCCGUCAAGCUGACCAUGUUGGAGCUGGAAAGCAUCCACAUCGACCCCCUCAGCUACGACGUCAAGCCCCGGGGAGACAGCCAGCGGCUGGAUCUCGAAAACGCCGUGCUGAUGCAGGAGCUGAUGGCCAUGAAGGAGGAGAUGGCCGAGCUGAAGGCCCAGCUCUACCUGCUGGAGAAAGAGAAGAAGGCCCUGGAGCUGAAGCUGAGCACACGGGAGGCCCAGGAGCAGGCCUACCUGGUGCACAUCGAGCACCUCAAGUCCGAGGUGGAGGAGCAGAAGGAGCAGCGGAUGCGGUCGCUCAGCUCCACCAGCAGCGGCGGCAAAGACAAACCCAGCAAGGAGAGUGCCGAUGUUGCCUCCCCAGCUCUGUCCCUAGCUGAACUGAGGACGACGUGCAGCGAUAGCGAGCUGGCUGCGGAGUUUGCCAACGCCGUCCGGCGAGAAAAGAAGUUGAAGGCUAGAGUUCAGGAGCUGGUGAGCGCCUUGGAAAGACUCACUAAGAGCAGUGAAAUCCGACAUCAGCAGUCAGCGGAAUUUGUUAAUGACCUAAAGCGAGCCAACAGCAACCUGGUAGCUGCCUACGAGAAAGCAAAGAAGAAGCAUCAAAACAAACUGAAGAAGUUGGAGUCGCAGAUGAUGGCCAUGGUGGAGAGACAUGAGACCCAAGUGAGGAUGCUCAAGCAAAGAAUAGCUCUGCUGGAGGAGGAGAACUCCAGGCCUCACACCAAUGAGACUUCACUUUAAUCGGCACUCGGGCACCAAAGUUCUGCCCACGGGAGCUAAACUAUAGCAGGCCCCAAAGGAGAGAAGGGCCCCAGGGGACAGAGUACCUGUUGGGAGAAUGAGGAAAGGGAAGGUUGGCAGGUAGGUCAGCACUUGGACAAUGGAGUGCCCCAGACUCAGCUCUUGGGGGUAAGUGGCCCUGGUGACACCAUGUGGACUGUACCCAGAAGUUCCUGCUCCUCCCCUAUCCCGGACCCACAAUGGCAUGUAAACGUGCCGUGUGCCUGCUCAGCAGAACCCUGCUCCUGCUCUCCCCACUUGAUUUCUCACUCUCCCUCCUUUUCUGGGUUAGAGGCUGCGCUUCUGUGGGAUCCCAGGCAUUUGUUUUUAUAAGAUUUUCCAUUCUAUUCCCUUGUUAGCAGAGUGGGCUUAUCUUCUGGCGUCCACAAUUUCUCCUCUUUCCUCCUCCUCCAGGGGAAAACUGACACACACUCAAGGGUCUGUGUGUGCCUCCAGCAACUAGAAGGACUGCCGAUUUGCUUAACGCAACAAGGCUUUGGUUUUCAAGACACGUGUAUCAACUCUUAAGAUACAGGCUGCCACACACAGGUGCUCUCUGGGAGUCACAGAUCAUGGGCAGAUGGUACAGAGGUGUUACUUACAGUUCCAGAUACGCUGGAGUUAUAAGCAGAGCAACACCAGGGUGCUGGAAUAAUUCUGUACCCGGAGAUUAAAAACUUCCUUCAACUUCCAUUUUGGAGGCAGGGCUGAGAAGGGAGCUCUCUUUUGAUUCCGGGAUUUUUCCCUCCCAGUAGAGCUUUAUUAAUAGCCAAGACGUAGAGCUGAGAAUCCUUCUAAUAUGUGCAGUGGAAAUAAAAUUUUAAGGGUUUCUUCAAGAGCAGAGAAGCAUUAUUAUCACUUGCCGCCCCAGGGCACUACAUAAUUGCUGUUCUGCUGAAUCAAAACUCAUCCACAUGAGUAUCUUUGUAUUGCUGGACCUGUCUCUAUAUACAGGUGAGAGGCUGUGUACUGUCAGACAUGGAGGAGAUAAUGAAUGUUUUGCAAAACUGAUCCACCUACUUAAGAGUGCUACUGACCGCACCAAGUUCAAGACUUAACUCCUGCUGUCAUGAAGGGGACAGGGUGAGGGAAUAGGUUGGUAAGGUCGUCUUUCUUUCCCCAGAUGGUGAUGGUUAGUUAGCAGAUGGUGCUUACAAGGUUAAAUUUCAAGCAAAAUGCUAACAGGGCCAGGCAGGACCAACGUACCUAAAUUCUUUCAGGAUAGUCUUUUAUCUGAACAUAAAUCCAUUAUUCCUUUUCUACAGCAACCUUCACUGUUUUACCCCUUCUUUGUCUUUCAGUCCAACACUGAUACAUUUGAAGGACCACUUUGUGGUUUUUCAGUAGCACUAGAGAGAGAAUCCACCCAAGCUUCCCUAUGAGAAAUGUAUUCCAAUGCCAUGGUUAACUACAAAUUAAAGUUUCUGCUUUUGACCAGGUCACUGUAGUAGAGUCAUCAGGUCCAUAAGCUUUGGAUGGGUCUCUUCAGAGAGCAUGAUGCAAAUUCCUCGGCCUUCUGUACAAUGGGGAAGGAUACUCCAGCCACCACCUAGGAGGGCAGACAGUUUUAUCCUAAAAGCAAUCACCAUUCUUUCUCAGUGAGGCAGCCCAUCUCCACCCUGACACCAAAUCAAGUGGUAUUAGUCUGGAAGGACCAACUUUUGGGUGCUUUGAUCACUGUGAAAAAGCCCACUGGCUUCUGUUUCUAUCUUUUGGUCAAAGUUAAUUCCUGUGAUUUUUUUUAAAAAUUAAUUUUCACUCUUUGGAUGAAGUUGCAUUUUGUCAUGAGGAAAAUGUUUUGGCUGAAAAGUAUAUGCAGAAAAAAAUGUGUAACAGAUGAAAUCAGUUUUCACCAUUUUUCCAGCUUGCCUAGGGAACAGUCUCCCCUGAACAAACUGGGACGUGCAUGGCUUUCUCUUUUGCCAUUGAACAGGUAUCAAAAUGGACAGUUUUCAUUUGCACCACGCCCUGUGGCUGAAGCAGGAAUAAACUCCUGCCUGCUGACUUCUGCCUCCAUUCUUGCUCCAGGUGAAAUCAGAGACCCCGCCCCUUAGGCCCUGUAAUGCCUCCAGACAGGAGAGGCCUCAGCUCCUGUUACGGCCCCUGGUAUCACUCAGCCUACCUGGCCUUACUGAGUUUCUAUGUCAAUAUAAUAUUUUCAAAUAUGUGGUGAUCUGGGUGAAAACUGUUUCCAAAGCAAAAGUGUUACUUC